AUGUCGAAAUACGUAUGUUCUAUUAUCCCCCGACGAAGCCCCAACCAACUCUUUGUGCGGGACACACUGACUGACUACUGGUGGUGGGCGCGAAUAGGAUCCCCCCUCAGGCCCUCCGCCGGGUUACCCGCAACAGCCUCCUCCAGCGCAUUACGAUGCAGGGCCGGCGCCUGUCGGCGGCGGCGCCGCGAACGAUUUCUAUGGCUCGCCGCAACAGCAGUAUUCCGGACCGUCUGGGCCGUAUGGGCCGCCUCCGCAACAGGGACCGUAUUACCAGCAAGGCCCGCCGAUGGGAUACGCACCACCACAGGGCGGAUACCCGCCGCCGCAGCAGCAGCAGCAGCCGUACGGAUAUCAGCAGGAGCGAGGCAGUGGUGCGGGAGGGUGCUGUGCGGGUAUCAUGGCGGCGCUGGCUUGUUGCUGUUGUAUAGAUUUUUUGUUCUAG